CCUAAAUUGAUGUAAUCAUAUACAAAUCAGUAGAUAAACAUCCACAGAACAAAUAUCCAAAUUACCCAGACUAUUAUAUGACCGUAGCAGACAAAUACCCACCACACAAAGAUUAAUAUCUGACUAUCACAGACUAAUACCCACCACACGCAGAUUAAUAUCUGACCAUUGCAAACUAAUACCAACUGCACAUAAACUCUAAACCCUAAUCCCUAAAAAAUAAACACUAAACCAUAAAAACUAAAUCCUAAAUUAUAAUCACUAAACCCUAAUCAUUAAGUCAUAAACCCAAAAAGAUGAAUCCUCCGGUAGUGACAUCAGGGUCUGGAAGACACUCACUCUCUAACUAUUAUUAUUUCAUAGGCAUUCGGCCAAUGGGCCAUCGGCGGGUAGCCGUACUAAGGUUGCAAGCCUUAGGUGUUAGGACUUGAUAGUGUGUUUAAUUUUGAUGGAAGACACAUUAUCUAUUACUUCACAAACUAAUAUUCAUUGCAUAUAAUAUCAGUUCAUACAAAAAUAAAUGUUCAUACCUCCCAGACUAAUAUCUAACCACAUAAAUAUCCAAGAGAGAGAGAGAGAGAGAGAGAGAGAGAGAGAGAGAGAGAGAAGAAGUGGUCCAAAAAUAAAUUUCCCAAUUACUCUUUUUUUUCUUUCCACAUUUUGUCACUUCUCUCUUCCUUCCAAUUACUUUUCUCUUUUUUUCUUUCCAUUUUUUCGUCAUCUCUCUUCUCUCCAAUUAUUUCUCACUUUUCUUUCCAUUUUCUUGUCACUUCUCACUUCCCUCCAAUUAAUUCUCCUUUUUUCUUUUCACUUUUCACUUUUUUCUGUCACUUCUCUCUUCCCUUCUUCUCUCAAAUCCUACCCAAAAAGGUGGUGGACCCGCAGCCACUCCACCAGCUUAUUCUUUUUACUCGGCUUGGAAGAAGAAGCCAAUUUUCACUCCACCACAACUCACUUAAGUGAGUCGUCCCUCUCGUCCAUUGGAUCGCUGUUGGGCCCCCCUUGGAUUGCAUCUGGAUCGUGUUAGUAUCUACUAACAAAACUCCCAGUUAGCAUUUUAACUUUUUUUGCUGGGCUAGGUGCUUGUUAAUUGUUAUCACUUAUCUUUUAUUUUGUUGGUAAAAUGCUUGGUAUAAUUAUGUUUAUUAUCCUGAAAUCUCAACCCCACGUGUCACUUUGUUACAGCAAGUCCUACUAAAUCUGGGGGCCACAUGCAUUCAAUUCGAUGCCAACGGGUCUUCGCCCCCAACAGCCUUAUACCUCCGGGAACACCAACGGGGCUCGCUUGGAUUCGAACCUAGGAUCCGAAACUCUCAAACCUUCACUGUCGCGGCAGCUUACCGUUAGACUAUCUUACCUUUGAUAAAUAUGGUAUAAUUACGAGUUACCUAACUUACCUUGCCCAUAUGGUAAAUAAAUAAUAAGUGACGUAAAAACAGAAAAAAUUAUCAACGAAGAUAUUAGAGAAUUAUAUGAUACUUUUAUAGAAUUGGUGUUUUGGUUAAAACACACAUUUUUAGUACAAACUGAAUUUGUAUUUUGAACGUUAACCUACAUAGUGGGGGAGCCAGGAAUGUUAUAUAGGGGUGUCAUUUUUCAAAAAUUAAAUUAAUAAUUAAAUACUUGUUAAUUAUUAAAUAAGAAAAAAAAUAAUUAGUGCAAGUUAAACCAAAAGUACACGACGUGUUUUCAUAUUCUGAAAAAGUUGUAAAAUACAUAUGGGGAGAAAGAUGGGUGAUGCGCGCGGAAGAGAGUGGUUUCAAAAUUACUACAAGCAUAGAAGAAGUCACUGAGAUGGUGGAUUUGAUGGACCAUACCAAUAGAGCUCGGAAAAGAUCAUUACUUCAACACUUCUUCAACCAACAGGACAUGGCGAGAACUGAAGGGAUUCCAGUCCCUCGACAACCAUCGUUGGGUGAAAGGAUUUGGGGUUAUGAGAAAAUAGGAAAUUAUUGGGUCAAAACAGGGUACACACUUUGCUACAAGGAGAUGGCAGGCACACUAGCUGAUGUAGAGGACGAAAGUAGAGAAGAAAAUGACGGAGAGGAGGAAACACAAUAGACCGUGGAAACCUAUUACCCAAUGAACUAGAAACGAUUAUGGAGCUUAGUGAUACCUCUGAAAGUGAAAAUCUUCUUGUGGAGGGUAGUGCACAACAUCCUACCAACUGGGAAAAAUAUCGAAAUAAGGAAAAGGAUGCGGCUAUAGAGUGCUCGUUCUGGAGGCCAACUGAUUAUCGAACCCUAUUCGAACUAGAACCCAACUUAACGGUGGGAAGCUAGAUAUGCAAAGUGAUGGAGAAGGUGGAUGAUGAAAUCCUAAGGAAUUUGGGAUUAUACUCUGGACAAUUUGGAACAAACGCAACUAGGUGGAGGUGGAAACCGACUGCCAAACCGCAUUUCUUGCGCUACAGAAGACGAAGCAAACAAGAAUAGAGAUCAGAGUUGCCGUCCGUGAUCUACGAGAAGAAGCAGAUAAUAGGGUCAAUACGUUGGCAUUUUGCUAAACGGGAGUGACUCACUCCUACUGUCACUCUAGAAAUUGCCCAAGUGUAACCACUUCCUAAAGCAUAGUAUAGAGGGUUUGGGUUUUAAUGUCAGCCCGGGUCCUAGAUUUGAUGACUACUCGGUGAAUUCUUGUUAUCUAGCAAUGAAACUUUAGUGCAGGUCUAAACUAACAAACAAGCAAAGCAACUAAACGGUUGUAUUCAGGUUAAGAGAGGUCACCCGGAUAUGGUUCCCCCUAGACUGCAGUUAAGCCGGAUUGCAAUUACCAAGUUCAGUUUCUAUGAUAGUUAUACUGCGGAAGGUUCUUAAACAGCCUGAAGUCUCGACUAAAGGUCUUCAGACCCUCUCAAUCUGAGUCUCUAGCGGGCGACUAACCUCCACCGGAGUAAACAGAUUGAGGCCCUAACAACAAAACCUCCACUACCGAAGUGAAUUCGGUAUAGAAUAGUGAGUUGGCUCCUCGACUAAAGUCACCAACUCCCUACCUUCAAUCAAGGAUGCUCUAUCAACCUAGGCAGAUAUUCUCAUUCUAGGUUAAAGCAGGAACAACAGGAAUUUGAUCAGGAUUCAAGUCAUUCAAUCAUUCAAACCUCAAUUGAAUAUAAUCAAAUCAUAGAAUCAGUACUUGGGUUCAUACAAUCAAACCUAACAUACAAAUCUAGGGUUCUCCAUACCCAGAUGAAUGGGAGAACUACUCCUUGGAGAAAGAAGCAAAAGCAGAAUCAGACGCGGAAUUCAUACUGUGAAGGAUGGAUUCCUGCUCCUGGACGUUGAUUGGCACUCCUCCAAGCUCAAGCCACGCUCCAAUGGUGAUGAAGAUCAAGCUAGGGCACUUGGAGACUCUUGUUCGUCGCUUUCUCUCUCUAGGAAUCACUCUGUCUCUCUAAAACUUGAAUCCCCUUCUCUUUUGGCUGAAAUCUGCUGAAAAGGGCAUCACUGGGCAAAACACGGUCGAGGGCACGGCCGUGUUCUGCCUCAGCCCGCCCGUGUUUUGCCAAGGGUUAAUUACACGGCCAGCCUGUUGGUGAAAACACGGGUGUGCUUUUGGUGGGAACGGCCGUGUUUUCUCUCAACCCCGCCCGUGUUUUCAGCCAGUGUUUGCCAAACUCAAUUCAAGUCUCGGCAGUAAAAGCACGGCCUAGGAACACGGCCGUGUUCUAAUUUAGGUGUGCCCGUGUUUUGGCUCCAGCUCGACCGAAUGACUUCCGAAUGCCCCGAAACUCGUGCUUAGCCUUUCCUUUGACGCCUGGGACCUGAAAUAUGACAAAGUAGCACAACCCGGCGUAAAAUAGGCCAAAAAUACACGACUAUGCCCCUCAAACGGAUAAGAACUAGGGGUGCAAAUACGUGCAAUUACAUCGUUAUCAAAUUCCCCCACUCUUAACCGUUUGCUUGUCCCCAAGCAAACCAAGUCAGACACAAGGUAAGCUCAAAACGUUUCAAUCAAGCAUGCUUAAGGGG